AUGCUGCAGCGAAGGCGGGAUUCCGCGCCCGCAGGCGUGCCUGGCCGCCGGAAGAAGGCCGCAGAGACGGACAGCCCCGGCGCGCAGGAAGGGGAUGCCCAGGGCGUGUACCAGCUGGCCACGCUGCUGAUGGAGCUGGACACAGAGGACGAGGCCUCGCGCCUCCUGGCAGCUGAUGCCCUGUACCGCCUGGGCCGCCUGGACGAUGCUCACAAGGCACUGCUGAUGGCCCUAUCCCGGAGGCCCCAAGCAACCCCUGUGCUGGCACGGCUGGCCCUGCUGCAGCUGCGGAGGGGCUUCUUCUACAAUGCCAACCAGCUGGUGAAGAAGGUUGUCGAGUCCGGGGACACAGCCUGCCUGCAGCCCACCCUGGAUGUCUUCCAUGAAGAGGACCGGCAGCUGCUUUGGGGCCACUGCCAUGCACGGGCAUUGGCCAUCCUGAGGGCACGGCCAGGCGGGGACGGUGGGGCCCAGGCCAGGGAGGCCAUCUCCUACCUCUCUCUGGCCAUCUUUGCCGCAGGGGGUCAGGCCAGCGAUUCCCUCCUAGCCCGUGCCCGCUGCUACGGCUUCCUGGGCCAGAAGAAGACGGCCAUGUUUGACUUCAACGCCGCACUCCGGGCCGAGCCGGGGAACGUGCAGGCACUGUGCGGGCGGGCGCUGGUGUACCUGGCCCUGGGCCAGCAGAAGGAGGCUGUGGACGACAUCAUCUCUGCUCUGAAGCUGGACCCAGGCACUGUGGUCCCUGAAAUCCGCUCGCUGAAGCCGGAAGCCCAGGUCUUCAUCACCCAGGGCCUCUACACCCACUGCCGGGCUCUCCUGAGCCAGCCACUGGACACCGGGGCCCUCCUCAGUGAUGAGGACACCCAGGGCCUCCUUGCCACGGCGGAGGCACUGGUCAAACUUGACGCCCAGCAGCCAGGCUGGCACAUCCUCCUCACAGAUGUUCUCAUGGCUGUGGGCAGCUACGAGGAGGCUGGUGCCCAUCUGCAAAAAACCCUGGGCUCUGCUCCACUGUCAGAGGAAGCCCAGGCCCGGCUCGGCCUGCUCCACAUCAAGAAGGGAGACGCGCCAGCCGCGAUGCAGGACCUGCAGGGCCUGGUAGAGAAGGACCCUGGGGAUCUCAGCUUCCUGCUGCAUCUUCUGGAGGCCUCAGAACGGCAGAGCCUUGCCCAGGCCGCCGCCCAGAAAGCCGGCACCCUCCUUGAUGCAGGGUUCCCGGAGCAGGCGCUGGGCUUCUGCUCACUGGCUGUCCUGGCAAGCGGAGACAGUGACCAGCACCUGCGCACACGGGCCGCCUGCCUGGCUGAGCUGCAGGAGUUUGGCCGUGCACUCAGGGACCUGGACUGUGUGCUCCAGAAGGGAGCAGGGGACAGCGACCCCUCGACACAGGCGGAGGACUUCUGCUCCCAGGGCCGUCUGCUGCUGAGCCUGGGGGACGAGGCUGGGGCUGCAGGGGCCUUCACCCGGGCCCUCGAGCUGGCGCCCACUCUGGCUCUGAGCAGCCUGAGGGAGCGGCCAGGCCGGGCCCCCACCGCCCAAGUGUUGCAGCACCAUGGGCAGCGCUGCCUGGAGGCCCAGCGCCAUGCAGAGGCCUGGACAGCAGCUGAGAGCGGCCUGCUCGUGGAUCCCGAGCACAGUGGCCUGAAGAGGCUGAAGGCAAGGAUCCGCAGGGAGGCGUCCUCAGGCUGCCGGCUCCACUGA